AGGUUAUUUAUUCCUUUUCUUUUCAUAGAGAGAUUGUUAUUGUUUAUUAACAUCGUUCUCGAAAAUUAGUCUUACCUUUUUCUAUGUUUUAAUCCACCAACAAUCGCCUCGGGCUUUAUUUCAUCAUAAUCGUCAUUCUCUCGGAUUCAUCUCAACAUGGUAUCAAUGCUUUAGAAAAGAAUACAAGUGAAAGGCUAUUUCAUGUUCUUUUUUUCCUGAGCAAUGAUUUUCUCAAUUCCUUGAGUUGAGAACCAUUGAAGCUCAAUUAUUGUUAUUUCAUUGCAACUAUUAACUCUCCUUUCUUUUUUCUCUCUCAUUCUCUCGUUUUCACUCUAACUCACUCUCUCUCUCUCUUUUUCUCUCUGUGUUUCAUUAACCAUUAAAUUCUAUUCUCUCUUUUCCCUUUCGUUUAAAUUCUCACUCAUUUUUUUAUAUUUAGUUACCAUAAUUUACUUAUCACUAUUCGAAUGUCCCAAGAUAAUUCAGUGAAUUUAACUUGAUUAGUUUAAUUCGAAUCUUUUUAACGACAAAUUUUCGAAACCUUUUACAAUUCUACACUUUGUAUAUUUAAUCAUCUGCUUAAUGUUCAUCUAAUUUACUACUCAUAUAAUUACUGAUUCUAUUGCAUCUCAAUCGAUUCGAAGGAAACAUAAUCAUGGUAACGGACAUUAAGAGUUUUUUCAAUCAUCUCGCGGUUUGUUGGCGAGGCUAUUUCUCGAUUGCUGUUAUUCUGCUUCUCUCACCUUUUCUCAUUUUCGGCUACGACGAUCCGAAAUGCCGUUGUGCCUUUGUAGUCCUAUUGAUGACCAUUUACUGGGCCAUUCAGCCCAUUCCAAUGGGGGUCACCUCUUUGUUUCCAGUGUUUCUCCUUCCCAUUCUAGAACUAGCGACCUCCGAAGAGGCUUGUCGACCUUAUCUCCAAGAGGCCAACAUGGUAUUCGUUGGAAGUCUCAUCUUUGCUGCAGCCAUAGAGAGUUCCAAUCUCCAUCGUAGGAUUGCCUUGUUUGUCUUGAAAAGCAUUGGGUCUCGUCUUGAGAUGAUUAUGCUUGGAUUUAUGGGGAUAACCAUGUUUAUUGCUUGGUGGAUUACCAAUACAGCUACAACGGCUCUUAUGUUACCGAUAAUGGAUGCUGUUAUACAAGAGAUUCAACCUAAAGAGAUUGACCAUUGGUCCGAUCCCAUGAAAAAACUGGAAAAUAAAAAGACAGAAAACAUUAAUAAUAACGACAAUAACAAUAAUAGCAAUAGAAAUAAUCAUAAUGACAAAAAUAAUAACUUUAACAACGAUACAAAUAAUAAUAAUCAACAUCAUCAUAAUGACAGUGAUCAUCAUCAAAGCUCUCGAAAUGGACAUUGCUUGGUUACAGUUAAUUCUAAUAAAAGGGAAUCAAUUGAAUUAACAAUUCGACGUGAUGAAAAAGAUCAACAGUUAUCAUCCAAAUGCUCAAGGAAUGACAGUCAUGUUCAUGCAAACGCUUCAAAUGGAGCCAACAAAUACUCGGAUUCGCCAAAUUCCCUCCAAAGUGAUGUUAAUUUUUCACAACUUCGUAAAAUUUUGUACAUCUCAAUUUCGUCGUCAGCAAAUGUCGGAACAACUUCAACACUAACAAGUGCUGGUCCUAAUCUUGUGCUGUCUUAUGUGUUGGAAGAAUGGUAUCAUGAAAGAACCUCAGUUGAUUAUCUCAAUUGGCUCAUGUUUGCUGCUCCAGGAUCAUUGCUGACCAUCAUUUUAAACUGGACAAUAUUCAAAUAUCUUUACCUAAGAAAACAUAAAAUAUCAAAAACUAACAAGAAAGCGAAUAAUAUUCUGCAAGAGAAGUACAAACAACUCGGAUCUUUGAGAUUUCAUGAAUUUGCUGUUGUUGUUUUAUUCGUAACCUUGGUACUUUUGUGGAUGUUCCGUGAUCCUCAAUAUCUUCGAGGAUGGUCAACCAUCUUUCCUGAAAAAUAUCGACCUCGAGAUGCUGCAGUCGUGAUUUUCAUGGUUGCAGUGUUAUUUUUCACUCCAUCAAGACCUCUGGGUCCUUAUCCUUCACCGGGUCUACUUGAAUGGCCUAAAGUCCAAAACAAAUUAGUAUGGAGUGUAAUUCUCCUUCGAGGUGGAGGUUAUGCAGUUGCCAAAGCCACUCAGACUUCAGGACUCUCUGAAUACCUUGGGAACAUGUUCACUAAGAUAAACGAUCUCCCAGUUGUCAUGCUUGUCAUCAUCUUCGCCGCUAUUGCUGCGAUUCUUACAGAAUUUGCAAGUAAUUCGACCACCGCUACAAUAGUUUUACCAGUUGUUGCUCAAGUUGCCUCGUCAAUUGGAAUCAAUCCAUUAGUCUUCUUAAUCCCAGUAACUAUGGCUUGUUCAAUGUGCUUCAUUUUACCAGCAGGAACCCCAGCCAAUGCUCUGGUCUACGAACAUGCUGGCUUAAAGCCCUCUGAUAUGGUUAUUCCUGGUUUAUUGAUGAAGAUCACGAGCUUAGCUGUCAUAGUAGCUAAUCUUAAUCUCCUUGGUUAUCCAAUAUUUGGAUUAUCAACGACACCUAAAUGGGCUUCACUUUCAGCCAACAGCACAUUGAUUUCUUGAUGAUUUAAAUACAGUUAUAAACUCAUCUAAUGAAAUUCAUUGCAUAUGAUCAUUACUGUUACUAUUUAACUUUGUUUGUUUAAUUUUUUUGCAAAACAAACUAUUUUUUGACCUUGAAUAAGUCUCUCUCUCUCUCUCUCUCUC